GGCGAGCUGGCCAUCAAAGAGUUCGAGGCGCUCCGGUCGCGGCUGAAGACGCUCGGCGGGUCGACGACGGCCGUGUGCUUGUUCAACCUCCGCCAGGACCCGGGCUUCCUCGCGACGACCGCGGGGAGCCUGCCCUACGUCGCGACGCACCCCGACGUCUUCGCGGACCUGCCCCUCACCUUCGACUCGCUCCACAAGACCGUGGACCAGCUCGUCACGGAGCCGUUCCUCCGGAACUUCAUCGACACGAUGUGCAUCUUCUGCGGCUUCCCGGCCAAGGGCGCCAUGACGGCCCACAUGCUCUACAUCUUGGAGCGCUUCUUCGAGCCGGGCUGCUCCUACUCCGUGCCCAAGGGCGGCACGGAGAACAUCGCGCGGGCGCUGCACCGGGGCGGCGCGCAGUUCGGCAUGGACAUCUCCCUGAACACGCACGUCGCGGAGAUUUUAGUCGAGGGCGGCCGGGCCUGCGGCGUCCGGCUCAAGAGCGGCAAGGUCAUCCGCGCGCGCAAGGCCGUCGUGUCCAACGCGACGCCCUUCGACACGGUGAAGCUGCUCCCGGCGCAGGACGAUCUGGACCCGGAGAUGCCGGGCUUUUCCGCGCUCCAGGAGUGGCGCCAGACGCUGGGCACGCUGCCGCGCCACGGCGCCAUCCUCCACCUCUUCGUCGCCGUCGACGCGGAGAAGGUCACGGCGAAGAACCCCGCGCACCUCAUCGUCCAGGACUGGAGCCGGUCCAUGCAGGACUCGCAGAAUCUCUGCUCCUUCUUCAUCCCGUCGCUCCUGGACCGCUCCGUGUGCCCCGAGGGCAAGCACGUCAUCCACGUCUACUCGUCGGGCGGCGAGCCCUACGAGCCCUGGGAGCAGCUCGAGCCCGGGUCAGAGGCCUACGAGGCCUACAAGGAGGAGCGCGCGAACAUCCUCUGGGAGGCGCUGGAGAACUGCAUCCCGGACGCGCGUCAGCGCGCCGAGUUCCACAUCGUCGGGUCGCCCCUCGCGCACGAGGCGUUCCUCCGCCGCGACCGCGGCACCUACGGCAUGGCCUGGGCCGCGGGCACGUCCGCGCCCUACGCGGGCCUCCUCAAGUUCACGCCCAUCCCCUUCCCCUUCCCGAACCUGAAGACGCCCGUCGACGGCCUCCUCCGCUGCGGCGACUCGUGCUUCCCGGGCAUCGGCACGCCCAGCGCCGCCGCGUCCGGCGUCAUCGCCGCGAACACGAUCGUCAACGUCGAGACGCACAUCGCCAUGCUCGAGGAGACGGCGAAGAAGGACCCCAUGUACAAGUUCCUCAGCCCCGGCCCCUUCCAGUGGCUCUACCGCGGCCUCGUCUCCCCGCUCACGCCCUCCAAGGAGCUCCGCGGCUCCGGCGUUUUCCAGCCCUCGUCGGGCGGCCGCGUCUCCGCGGCCGCCGAGGCCGCGUCGCGCUAG